ACAGGUAAAACCGGCCUCGAUUUCUCAGCAAUGCCCCCCCUCCAAAAAAAGCGAGUCGAGCCGACAAAACCCGUUCUGCUCCGUCUGGGACACCUUGUUUGUUGCCGCUGCCCUCAUCCAAACGUUUCGUGGAGGAGUUUUUCCACGUUUAAAGAAGACGGAUCGGAUUUUCAGUCCCAACUAGAAAGUCCUGUUCGACCGACCGAGAUGUCACAGGAGCAUGACAACAAGCGUGCCGUCCUGGUCUUGCAGAACGACCCCAACUAUGGUGGCCAACGUCGCUCUUUCACCACAGAGGAUGAAGCUUGGAAAUCAUUCCUGGAGAACCCCCUGACGGCAGCCACAAAGGCCAUGAUGAGCAUCAACGGGGACGAAGACAGCGCUGCCGCUCUCGGCCUGCUAUACGACUACUACAAGGUGCCCAGGGAAAAAAGAACAAUACCCCAGAACAAGCCAGAUGCUUUGGUCUCUGAUGUGGAUCCCAACAAAAGACACCAGCUUCAGGGGGGACAUCAAAUCCCUUCCCUCCCAGAGACGAGCAUGGAGAACAGGAUCCAGGUCCUGAAGGGGCCCUUCAAUAUUCUCCAGCUGGCCCAGGACAAGAGAACCCAGUUCCCAUCACCAGACACAACCGUCACAGUGUCCAUCGCCGCCCUGCAGAACUACCCAUCCGUCAAGACGGAGGUGCCCAUUCACGGUUUGAGCGUGCCCAACAGUUGUGCCGAAGCUGACAACCACGUGGGCGUCUUCGACCGCCCUCAGCUCGGCCACAAUUCAGUCCAGUUCAGCCCCACCACACAAUCCCGCACGCCGCCUGACUCCACCUUCUCUGAGAGUUUCAAGGACAGUUCCCAGGAGGUCUUUUCCUUCCCAGGGGAUCUCCAGUUACGUAUGGCCUCCAUGACGCCUGAGGACUACACUCAGUUUGACACGGUGCCGGGGAAUAAUUUCGAGUAUACCCUCGAGGCGUCCAAAUCUCUGCGUCAGAAGACUGGCGACGGGACCAUGACAUAUCUAAACAAGGGACAGUUCUACCCCAUCACCUUACGGGAGAUUGACAACAAAGGCCUGCAGCAACCCAUCACCAAAGUCAGGAGCGUCGUGAUGGUCGUAUUUGGGGAGGAGAAGUGCAGAGACGAUCAGUUGAAACACUGGAAGUAUUGGCACUCCAGACAACACACUGCCAAACAGAGGUGUCUUGACAUUGCCGACUACAAGGAGAGCUUCAACACCAUUGGCAACAUCGAAGAGAUUUCCUACAACGCCAUUUCCUUCACUUGGGACACAAACGAGGAGGCCAAAAUCUUCAUCUCAGUCAACUGCCUGAGCACGGACUUCUCUUCUCAGAAGGGAGUGAAAGGCCUGCCUCUCAACCUGCAGAUUGACACAUACAGCUACAAUAACCGCAGCAACAAGCCCAUCCACCGGGCAUACUGCCAGAUUAAGGUGUUCUGUGACAAAGGAGCCGAGAGAAAGAUCCGAGAUGAGGAGAGGAAGCAGUCCCGCCGAAAAGGCAAGGUGGCUGACCUCAACCCUGGCCUCUCCUUCGCCGAUGUCAAAGUGCCCAUCCUGCAGAAACGCAAUGACGUGACCAUCUUCAAGAUGAUGACUGACAUUGAGACCCAACCUGUCCUUUUCAUUCCUGACAUUCACUUCUCCACCUUCCAACGUCAUCCUUUUGCAGCAGAGGAAGGAGAAGACAGCUCUGGCAUGAAGAGGUUACCCUUCAGCGAAGACGAGUUUGGGUCGCCACCUAACAAGAUGGCCAGAGCGGAGGAACCUAAGAAAGUCUUGCUGUACGUACGUAAGGAGACGGAGGAGGUGUUCGAUGCUGUCAUGCUGAAGAAUCCCACACUAAAAGGCCUGGUGGACGCUAUUUCAGAGAAGUAUGACUUGCCAUUGGACAAGGUUGGAAAAGUCUAUAAGAAGUGCAAGAAAGGGAUCCUGGUGCACAUGGAUGACAAUAUCAUCAAGCACUACUCCAAUGAAGACACCUUCCAGAUCUCCAUGGAGGAGCUGGGCGGCAUGUACAAGCUCACCCUCACUGAAAUCUGAUUGGACGACAUGAGAGGAGGAGUAGGAUGAUGGAGGAUAAACGGUUUACACUCUCCAGUGACUCUUGUAUCAUGUUGCGCUGUUACAUAUAAACGCGGUCUUUAAAAAAAGGAAAACAAAAAAGCCAUAUAGCUCUUAAGGUGCCACAUUUUGAAUAAGCAAGGAAGGUUUGUUUUUUUUUCCCCUUUGUGAUGAAACGUCAAUUAAUAUUGUGUAUUUUGUACAAAGCUUCUGUGUGCCUUGCUGCUAUACCUCAUUGUUUGCAACAGCAGCAGUGGAAUAUUAUGAGGGGAAACAUCUUAUCUUAUAAUCAUAGCACUGAUGAUUACGAUCUGUUAUGUUGAAGAGCUAGUGGAAAAAAAAGAGGGGAAAAGAAUCCCCUAAAUGUUGAGUGUAUUAAUACUAAAACAACAUGGCAGUAUUUAGAGUGUAAAAUUACCAAGUAAGGUCGACAUAUGUAAAUGUUCGUAAUUUGCUAUUUGUGAGAUGACUUCAAAUGUGAAAGCUAAUUAAAUGGCAGCCUCUUUAGUGCUUAAAUUACAUCUUCCUUAUAGAUGAUUUUGCAAAAAAAGCGAAGUGAUGCGAUCUUGUGACACUGUUCCGGAAGUGCAAUAUGAAUUUUGGUUUAAGAAACACCUUCAGGAAAAAAAAAAGUUGCCAUAAAACAUUUGAUUAACUGAUGAAUGAGAUAUUGUAUAUAUCCUUUUGCAAAACAUGCUUUAAGGAUCUUAUGGUCAUCUUUGUAUUGCAGUACUUAUUGUGUAUAUAUUUAUUAAGGGUUGUGGGUUUUUUGCAUGAUAUAUUUUAAGAUGUCUUACUCCUAAUAUAAUGUUUUUGUAUGGAUUUAUUAAUACAUAAAUGUCAAAGGACAAGAAAUUUUUAAUAUUAAACUGAGGUUUCUCGUUUUUUUUGUACAGAUUGUGCACAAAAUGCUCAAUAAAAGCUGUUGUGCUGUU